CCCAAACCCUAGCUCGCUCCCCGCCGGCCGUCACCUCCAUGUCCCAUGGCGCCCUCCUCCGACCUUCCCCCGGGUUGCAGGUUCAACCCACACGAUGCCGACCUCAUCUCCGCCUACCUCCGCCCCAUGAUCGCGGGCGAGCGCCUCCCUGAACCAGCCGCCAGCUUCCUGCACUCGGCCGACGUCUACGCCGCCGAUCCGGCCACGCUCGUCGACGGGCACCUGCCCGCGGUCCUGGUGUCGCCCAAGACCGGCGACGAGAGGCGCUACUGGUACUUCUUCGGCUCCGCCAAGGCCAGGUCCGGGCGCGACAGGCGCAGGUCCCGAGUCGUCGGCGAGGGCAAGGGCCAGUGGCACUCCGAGAAGGGCAGGAAGGUUGUUUCCGACGAGCAGGGACGAAACAUCGGAGGAUACAAGCAGGAGUUCACCUAUAAGCCCACCAACGCCGACGGAUCUGGAACGGAGGUCUGGCUCAUGGUUGAGUUCGGUGUGGAUCAAGAAGAUGAUGAGACCGGCAAAUCCAUCCCCACUCUUUGCAAGAUCUAUCGAAGCCCGCGUAAGCCCAGAUCAUCUACCCCGAUUUCGUCGACAUCAUCAACACGGAUGAGGAAGAGGAAGGCUGGAGAUACGCCAUUGCCAGCACCAUCUCCUGUGAGGCGGCGACUGCUUGUUUCCCCUGCGGCACCAAUUUUGCCGCCGCCCGUACAGACACAGCCAGACUUGAAGCUUCUUCAAGAUCUCAUGUCCGGCCUCACACCCGACCAUGUCCUGGGCGACUUGUUGACGCCUGUCCCUGAAUCAAAUGCCAAUUGCAGCUUCUACAUGGCCGACCAUGCCGGUUCUGCAGUGAGCAGCUACUGCGACACUGUCCUGGACGAAGGUGGUGCACGCAUGCCUUUUCCUCACAAUUCUGAUCAAGUCCUUCUGGGUGACCUGUUCAUGCCUGUCCCUGAAUCAGAGAUCAAUUACAGCUUCUCCAUGUCCGACCAUACCGGUUCCACGGUGAGCGUGAGCACCUAUCCCUAUGACAACAUGGUCCUCCAUGGCGCUUCAGUCACGCCCUUCUCUGAGAUUUCUGAUCAAGCCGACUUCUUCAUGCCAGUCUUCGAACCACAACAACCCGUUAUUGAGUCGCAGGGCCAUAGUACAAUGCUAAAUUGCAGCUUCCUGCCGUGUGCCACAAAUGCUGGCAUUUCUGGUUCUUGGACAAGAGGCGACACCACGGACGAUGAAGUGGCCUCGAUCAAUUGGUAUGGUUCUGCUCCAAGCUCACCGGUGACUCUAACCGAGUGGAUGAUGCAAUCAGCAUUUGCCAGCACAUAUCAGUUCUGA